AUGAGUUCAGAGGCGCAAACUCGGUGGGUGCGAACUCGAUUGGGUUAUAUUAUCUUAUCUUUCAGCCAAGUGACAGAGGAAGAUCUUUUAAAAGCAAAGUCACUUCCAGAUGAGUUUGACUGGAGGGAUGUUGAUGGGAAAAACUAUGUCAGUCCAGUAAGAAAUCAAGCCACUUGCGGUAGUUGUUAUGCUUUUGGCACCCUUGCAAUGUUUGAGGCUCGUGUUCGUGUUUUGUCGAAUGUCACUGAAACCCCAGUGUUCUCUACUCAAGACAUUGUGAGCUGUUCUGAAUAUUCUCAAGGUUGUGAAGGAGGAUUUCCUUAUCUCAUCAGCAAGUAUGCUAAAGACUUUGGAUUGGUGGAUGAACAGUGUUUCCCAUAUGAAGCCCAAGAUGCUCCCUGCCAUGAGCAGGCAUGUCCAAGGCAGUUUGGGACUGGUUACCAUUACGUUGGUGGUUUCUAUGGAGCUUGUAACGAAGUGUUGAUGAGAUUAGAGUUGCUCAAAAAUGGUCCAAUAGCAGUCUCUUUUGAAGUGUAUAGUGACUUCAAGAAUUACAAAGGAGGAAUAUAUCAUCACACAGGUCUGACGGACAAAUUCAACCCAUUCGAGAUAACAAAUCAUGUAGUCCUGGUCGUGGGAUAUGGAGCAGACAAGGAGACUGGGGAGAAGUUCUGGAUUGUGAAAAACAGCUGGGGAGAGGAAUGGGGCGAGGAUGGUUUCUUUCGUAUCCGACGAGGAACCGACGAAUGUUCGAUUGAGAGCAUUGCCGAAGCGGCCGAACCAGUAAUGAACUGAUGGAAAACAGUACGAAUUUAGCUGAAAAUUACUUGCGGCGUUCCCUAUUUAGUUAAAUCAAACGAGUACCUUAUUAUAAGAAAUUAACGCUCUUGUUAAUUAACGCAUUUGAAAUUAACGCGACUUAAAUUAACCCAAAUUGAAGGUAAAUUUGCUUCUCAAUAAAGGAGAGAGAGGGGGCAAAUUUCAAAAUGAGGAAAAUUAACGCGUCUGCUACACCAAAAAAAAAAAAAAAAACAAAGAAAGAAAGAAACAAAAAAAACAGAAUUUGUUGAGAACAGGGACCAAUUUAUUUUAACACUGUAAGGCUGACAGCGAACACGAACAAAAUUCAGUUGAAGUGCAGUAAGUGAUUUACUAAUGUGAAAGGUUGAUGUGAAAUGUGCGCGAAUAAAAUUUAUAGUUUGCCUGUGUCAAGAAUGUCUUGAGUGUGUCACAGAUUUGGGAGAAAAUAAUGGUAAUUUACGUCGUGGAAAUUAACGUGCAACUUAAUUAACAGCGCUGAAAUUAACAUUAACAUAAAUUAACGCCACUUAAAUUAAUGCGAAUUUCAAAGAUUCACGUUAAUUUCAUAAACCGCUAAUUUCCUAUAAUAAGGUAUUCAGUAAUAAUUAACAAUAUAAUUAUCCUGAGAAACUCUUGCGGAAUAUGACCUGAUACUUUGCCGAAUUGGCUAAACUCGAUAUCAUGCUACAGAACGAGAGGUUAUUCAGGUCCCGUCCACGCUACGCAGGAGAAAUUUGAAAACGCAGCUUUAUUUCUACGGUUAGGCCUACCGUCCACACUAAUCCCUCACGAAAACGGAGCUUUAUGAAAACGCUCGUCAAACUGGAGGAAUUGGAAAACCCUUACUGUACAUUUUAGAGUGGACGGAAAAGGUUUUGAAAACAGAGCUUUUGGAAAACGAUAGCGUCACGAUGAUCACGUGAUUUCCCUGUCCGUGUUUUCCUCAAACACAAAUCCAAAAUGACCGGUGAUUGCUGAAUUUUUGUAGUUCUCUGGCGUGGUGUGCAC